UGCCCAGCACUUCUCGACUCCACCCGCUUUUCAAGACGUCACUGGGAUCCGGUGGGCCAGUUGCAGGGGAAGCCACCUCCUGGUCAAUAAAUCCCAGGGCUGUCUGACUAGGGUCUGCAGCUGUCUGAAGGAGCCACCUCAUCCACAGCUCUCCCUUGAGCAGCCCUGCCAUGGCUAGCUCUAGAUUAGGCCUCCUGCUGCUGCUGCUGCUGCUGCUGCUGACUGCCCACCCUGGACCCUCGAGGGCUCAGCACUGGUCCUAUGGCUGGUACCCAGGAGGAAAGCGAGCCUCCAGCUCACUCCAGGACCUCCCAAGUGCUCUUAGGCCUUCAGCAGGCAACCCAACCCAGGCUGCCCAUAGCCUACCAAAUGAUGUGCUGGCUGCUCCUGAGGAUCCAAUGCCCUGGGAGGGCAGGACCAUGGCCCGGUGGUCCCUCCAGAGGAACCAGCGUCUGGUGUAGACCCUAAUGGUGAGUGUGGUGAGAGGGCCCCAUCAUUCAAGUCCUGCCAUGGGUCCCCUUUGGCCAUCUUGGCUGGGGACUGGGGCGUAUGAGACACCACUGGGAUGCCCCUUGCCCCAGUAUCCCCAGUAGAACAACUGUACUUAUAGGGCCCAUAUAUAAGACAGUGGUAGCUUCAUCCUGACGGAGCAGUACCAGCAGUACCGCCAGACUUCUUGACAGCUAAGUCAGCACGUCUCAAGGUGGGCGGGCCCCCUGGUCAGAGGGAAAAGGGAAGAGGUGCACCUCAGAGAUAGGCAGCAGGCUCGAAGAGCCAGGUUGUCACUGACUUGCACUCAGAACACUCAGUGACUAUAGACCUCCCCAAGACCAUAGAAGAAGACAGGUGUAAGAAAAUGACUUAUUACUAGUUCGCAAAUAAAGUGCACCAGAGGAGCACAUUAACUAAAGGAGGAAGUGCUAAGUUCCUAGGAGCUACAGCCUUAUCGCCUAAUUUCUGCGAUGUGAGCUCAGAUUUUUACACAUCAGGUUUGUUUGGGGUGCACAGGGCCACCUGCCCAGGGGACUGGAAAUCCCCAUGCUGGGUUCUUAGGCUUCUAUAGGGGAGGGAUGCAUCCUAGCAACGUGAAAGCAGGCCAACCGGCCAGAUGGCAGGAGGGAAGGGGACCGAGCAGCUCAGCCCGAAGUAUGACGCCCCUCUCCCUCCACAGAACGCAGCCCGAGCGCCGCGUCCCUCCAUCCUUCAAUAAAAGUGUGAAGUCGGCCAAGCUGUUGCCUCGAGCCCUUCCUUUGUCCCCUUCCU